AGGAAACACCUCUCUAUAUAUGUGUCUCUCGGGAGCCCAUCUUCCUCCGCAGUUCGCUUCGCCGCUCGCGGUGUUAGCUCGUUGGCGCCGCUUCAGCGUCGAGAUUCGAGCGCCCGAGGCUCGCCCGGUCGGUGACACCGUCGUCGUUCCUCGUCGAUUUCCUGAUCUUCAGCGACGUCCCGGCGCAUCGCAUCCUCGCCGAUCCCGCCCCCCUGAUUUCGUCUCCGACCUCUGCGACCCAGCUCUCGAUCUUGCCUCGACUCUGUCCAAGACUGAGUUUCUCGCCUUUCAGUCCCUCUUUUCUUGGGACCCCAGUUUCUCAAAGUUCGAAAUCUGCGGGUUGGGUUCGUGUAAUCUCGACCCUGUCUGUUAAAGGCGCAGCCUUUGUGCGACUCGGUCGGAGCUGUUAGCGGGAAGGGUCGAUGGGGUCGCAUUCUCAUGGAAGCAAGAAAGAGGCAUCCUCUUCUUCGGAGAGGAACCGGAGGAGGAGACGCCGCGGGAGCUCUAGUCGUUGCUCCGACGACUCGUAUAGCGGCAGCGGAAGCGACGGGGAGCGCAGCUCGAGGAGGGUUAUUACAGAGGAAGAAAUCGAGGCGUACAAAGUGAAGAAGGCUCAGAAGAAGGCAAUGCGCACCGCGAAGAAGUUGAAGUCGUGGUCGGUCGCCGGUUAUUCCAAUGCUUCGAAUCCUUUCGGCGAUUCAAACCUCGAUGAGAAGUUUGUAUGGGAAAAGAAGAUUGAGCGUGAUGUCGCCUGGGGCGCGGAUCUUGACGUGUUCUCUAUCAAGGCUGAGAAAAAGAGGCAGAAAGAAAGAAUGGCAGAGAUUGAGAGAGUGAAGAAGAGGAGGGAAGAAAGAGCGCUUGAAAAGGCUCGGCAUGAGGAGGAAAUGGCAAUGCUAGCCAGAGAGCGUGCUCGAGCAGAGUUUCAAGAGUGGGAGAAGAAAGAAGAGGAGUUUCAUUUUGAUCAAAGCAAAGUCAGGUCAGAGAUCAGAUUGCGUGAAGGACGUGCAAAAGCAAUUGAUAUUCUAUCUAAGCACCUCAAUGGUCCAGACGAUCUGGAUAUGGAAUUGAAUGAACCUUUUGUGGUCUUCGAGGGCUUAACAGUGAAAGGAAUGGAAGAGCUUCGUGGCGACAUCAAAAUGCAUCUUGAUUUGGACACGGAGACACCAACACGUGUUGAGUACUGGAAGGCACUUCUAGUGGUUUGCGAUUGGGGGCUGGCAGAAGCUAGGAAAAAGGAUGUACUCGAACGAGCUAGGGCGCGUGGGGAGGAGCCUCCUGCUGAGGUUCUUGCAGAAGAAAGGGGUGUGCAUCCUAACGUCGAAGCAGAUGUGAGGGAUUAUCUGCACAAGAAGACCUGGCGAGAAUUGGAGGAUAUACAUGCUGGUGUUGAGACUGAUUUGUGUUCUGGCACGGCUAAGGUCGUGGAGUUUUGGGAGGUUAUCCUCAAACGUAUCCCCAUAUACAAGGCAAAGGCUUUUUUGAGAGAAUUUCAUGUGAAAAUGUUGCACGAGCAUCUUCGACGUCUGGAGCAGCCUGUGGAUGUCAUUGAUAAUCCAGAAACUGCUAAUGUACUCAGUCCUAUACAAGGAGGUGUGCCUGAUGAUGAAGGAUCAAUGUCCCCGGUUACCUUAACCAAAGAAGAGAUGAUGGAGUCCGAAGAGGAGUGUGGACCAUUUUCUCCACAACUGCUGCAUGGUGAUGAGACUGAAGGGGCCGUUGACCCUGAAGAGGACAGGGCUGCAUUGGGUCGGAAAAGAAUGGAGGUACGAGAAGAACAACAAAGACGGAUGCAAGAAGCAAUGAUGUCAAAGCCAGCUCCAUCAGAAGAUAACUUUGAAAUGAAGGCCAUCAAAGCCAUGGGAGCCAUGAAGGAAGGUGAUGCAAUUUUUGGCACUGGUGCGGAGGUGAAUCUGGACUCACAGGUUUAUAAGUGGCAGGAUAAGUAUCUACCGAGAAAACCAAAAUAUUUCAACCGGGUCCACACUGGAUAUGAUUGGAAUCAGUACAAUCGAAUGCAUUACGAUCACGAUAAUCCACCUCCGAAGCUCGUGAAAGGUUAUAAGUUCCAUAUCUUUUACCCUGACCUUGUCAACAAAACUGAGGCCCCAACAUACAACAUUGAAAAGGAUGGGAAUAGCACAGAGACGUGUAUCAUCUGGUUCCACGCUGGGCCCCCAUAUGAGGACAUUGCUUUUAGGAUCGUGAAUAAAGACUGGGAAUAUUCACGCAAGAAGGGAUUCAAAUGUACUUUUGAAAGAGGGAUUUUGCAUGUUUACUUCAAUUUCAAACAUCAUCACUACCGUCGAUGAGCAGAUUUUGCAUGAUUAUUUCAACUGUGGGAUAAGUUUUUGCAAUGUAGUUACACAAUUUCUUGUAAGAGGGGGUUGCAUCUGCUAUGGCAUUUUCAAUUAAGGUUCUGAAUUUCAUUCCUAACUGCUGUAGAAAUUGCAACCAACAUGAGUAUCUUUUGUAGUUGAUACUAGUUGGGUGCUGUGCAUUUCUUGCUGUUAGUUGUCGCACAUAUCACUUUUGCUGAUAAUUUGACAUUAAAUCCAUGGAAAUAUGUGAUGCUUCAUUUGUGUGGUGACC